CAUCAUCACUUUUGACCCCUCAGUCCACACCUAACCCUCCAACCUCAAACAAAGUAACAAAAACCCAUUUUUUCCUCUUCUUUGCAUCAUCAUUCUCAUUCCUUCUUUCUAAACUAACCAACUUUUUUUCAAACAAAUUCGAUUCUUUCUUCAUUUUUAACCUAAUUUUCUUUUCGAUCCAAAAAAUGGCUCUCUCGCGCGUUGUUGCUCAAUCGUCGCAAUCGAAUCUUCUGAAACCCCUAGCGUCGUACUUAUCACUACGACGCCGUUCGGUUUCGACUUCGUCAGACCCACUCACGAUAGAGACCUCGGUGCCCUUCACCUCCCACAACUGCGACGCGCCGUCACGCGCCGUGGAGACCUCCUCGGCGGAGCUCUUUGCGUUCUUCCACGACAUGGCGCUGAUGCGGCGGAUGGAGAUCGCGGCGGACUCGCUCUACAAGGCGAAGCUGAUCCGCGGCUUCUGCCACCUCUACGACGGUCAGGAGGCUGUCGCCGUCGGCAUGGAGGCCGCCAUCACGCGCAAGGACUGCGUCAUCACCGCCUACCGCGACCAUUGCACCUUCCUCGCCCGUGGCGGAACCCUAAUCGAGAUCUUCUCCGAGCUCAUGGGCCGCCGCGACGGCUGCUCCAAGGGGAAAGGGGGAUCCAUGCACUUUUAUAGGAAGGAAGGUGGCUUCUACGGUGGCCAUGGAAUCGUUGGGGCGCAGGUUCCGCUUGGGUGUGGCUUGGCUUUUGCUCAGAAGUAUUGUAAAGAUGAGAAUGUUACGUUUUCUAUGUACGGUGAUGGUGCUGCCAAUCAGGGCCAGUUGUUCGAGGCGCUUAACAUUUCCGCUCUUUGGGAUCUCCCCUCCAUUUUGGUCUGCGAGAAUAAUCACUAUGGAAUGGGGACAGCUGAGUGGAGAGCUGCUAAGAGUCCUGCUUAUUACAAGCGUGGGGAUUAUGUUCCUGGAUUGAAGGUAGAUGGCAUGGAUGCUCUUGCUGUGAAACAAGCUUGUAAAUUUGCAAAGGAGUUUGCUUUGAAGAAUGGUCCCAUUAUUCUUGAAAUGGACACAUACAGAUACCAUGGCCACUCCAUGUCUGAUCCUGGCAGCACAUACCGUACACGUGAUGAGAUUUCUGGUGUGAGACAGGAGCGUGAUCCAAUUGAGAGAGUAAGAAAGCUACUAUUGACUCACGAGAUUGCUACUGAAAAGGAGCUAAAGGACAUUGAAAAGGAAAUAAGAAAAGAAGUUGAUGAAGCCAUUGCCAAAGCAAAGGAAAGUCAAAUGCCAGAGCCAUCUGAUUUAUUUACCAAUGUAUAUGUAAAAGGCUUCGGUGUCGAGGCUUGUGGCGCUGAUAGGAAAGAAGUUAGAGCUAUUUUGCCCUGAUGGAAAACUUUUCCUUUGAAUUUCUUUUCCUUAGUUUUGGACCGAUCAAAAUAAUGAAGAAUAAAAGGUUCAGAAGAUCAUCUCUGCCUAUUUGUUGAGCUUUCCCCAAAUUGUAUAUGAAAUUGAUUCUUCAGUAGCAAUGGGGCGGAAAUUAAUGUUUUGCCAUGUAAUUUUGGAGGAUCUAACACUCAUAUGACCUCAAUUGAUUAAGCAUGCAACUAGUGUCCUGCAAAUUUGGAGGAUUUCGUUAUGCAAAACCUCCAUGAUUGGCAAAAUUUUGCCAUUAUUUUAUUUUUAGGUAUUCACAAGAUUGUGUUCCAAUUGAAACCAUUUUUUGGCUAUAAGAGUCUUUGGACAGUUAAAAAUUUGAUGCCUGUACAUUGCAGAUUGAAUUGGUGAUACAGGUUGGAUUAUGUUAUUUUCUUUUUCUGUUCUUUA